UUGUCUUUUUUCAAGCCGCACCUGACUGCAAGCAGGCAGCAAUUUCCUUCUUGCUCAUGCUUUAUACCUUCGGAUUUGGAAAUAUCUAAGCUCACUUUUUUAAGGCUCGUAAGAAAGAACGAAUCCUCCUUCAGUUUUAUGUAAAAUCCUCAAAAACAGAAAAAAAAAAUUCUUGUCUUUUCAAAAUGUUGGCAAGCACCAAUCUCAUCUGUUGCAACUUCGCCCACUUGCCUCAAGACUCAACAAAGCUCAAAACUUCAAUCCAAGCUAGAAACCUUAGCCAACAAAGUCUUCUACUUCUCAAAAGAACCUCAGUAUUCCUUAAACCCCACAGUCGUCAGGCCUUAACUUUUCCAUUUCAUAGAAAGGGUGUUCUUCAAAUAUGUCGAAGUACCUUAAACACCCAGAAUUCAGAGGAAGAAACAAGUCAGGAUAAAGGGUCUUCAGUUGAUAAUGGUAAAGAAGGAAGGGAUUGGACAACCUCGAUUUUGCUUUUUGUGUUGUAUGGUGCUCUUAUGUACUAUGUUUUCAAUCUCACACCUGACCAGACCCCGUCAAGAGACAUGUAUUUUUUUAAAAAGCUCCUGAAUUUGAAGGGAGAUGAUGGCUUUAGGAUGAAUGAGGUUCUUGUCUCCCUAUGGUAUAUUAUGGGAUUGUGGCCUUUGUUGUAUAGCAUGCUACUGCUUCCAACAGGCAGAAGCUCAAGAAACAGCAUUCCCGCCUGGCCAUUUCUAGUACUUUCAUGCUUUGGUGGUGCAUAUGCUCUUUUACCCUAUUUUGUUCUAUGGAGCCCACCACCACCACCUGUUGAAGAAAAUGAGCUCAAAAAAUGGCCUUUGAAUUUUCUAGAAUCAAAAUUAACUGCUGGGAUUUCACUUGGUGCAGGAAUAGGUUUAAUCAUUUAUGCUGGUUUAGCAAAUGCUGAUGUUUGGAGAGAGUUUUGCCAGUACUUCAGGGAAAGCAAAUUUAUUCACAUCACAAGCCUUGAUUUUGGUGUACUAUCUGCCUUUGCUCCUUUUUGGGUUUAUAAUGAUAUGACUGCCCGUAAAUGGUAUGACAAAGGUUUUUGGCUUCUUCCCUUAUCAUUGGUGCCAUUCUUAGGACCUGCUUUAUAUCUUGUCUUACGGCCAUCACUAUCAGAAUUGCCUGUUACAGUCAGCCCCACUUCAUCUGAGCAGAAGUAGAAUUUCAGCGUUUUUCUUCCAUUGAAUAUACACUGACCACAGGAAGGGGAAAGCUCACAGUGAAGAUUGAAUCAGAUCAUGAAUACUAGCUUCUUGCUGAGAGAUGUAAUCAUGGAAGAGAGUUUAUUCCCCUUGCAGAUGCAUCAGAAAAUCAUCACCACAUAAAGCUUCCCACCCAUUCUUUUACUUCCAGCAGUGAGAUUUAGCUCAUGUAUGGUGUACUGAUGUUUUGACUUUUGAGGAGGAAUUUUGGUUUUUUUAUUUCUUCUUUGCUUCAGGCAAGCUAUAAGAACUUGUUUGAUUUGCUAUGAAGCAACCUAACAACUGAAUUCUGAUGAAUUCAUUAUGAAGAUGGUCGUAUGAAGAUGGGUGCAAUCCGAAGGUA